AUGCAUCUGAGGAGGGUGAUAGUGUCGCGACAGGGUGGCAACAUUCAAAUAGCCCGCUGUGACCAUCGUGGCACGAGCACCAGGCCAGGCCCUGCUGGCAUGCGCCACGUGCUCCUGCGCUCUGGCUACGAAAAAGAAGAAGACAGCGAUCCCUCCAGUCGGGUGUACGGUGGCCUCCACAAAGGUGUCUUCGAAGGCUCCAUUCAGUCCCGCUGGGGUCGCUUCUACGUCGAAGGGGCGCGCAAGUUCUUCGCUCGCCGGAUGCCUUUUCAUUCGGUGAUGUACGCCGCCGAAGACGCCGGCAUCCCCCAGCAAGGAUGGUGCGGCGUCAACGGCGAGACCACGCGAUGGAUGCAGCAGCUGGUCUUUGCCUCAGAACGGGCACGGAACACCGAGUUUAAGUCUUCGAAAGCGAAACGCCACAGCGGUGACCACCUAGAGCGCUGGAUCGGCCGGCGCCCCCUAGAGCACCAAGAACAGUCCGAGGGCUCUUACUACGAUGGCGAUGUCUACGACGACGGUGACGUCGACGACAUGCAAGCGGGGAAAGGCUACACGGACCGGAGGCGCCAGUCGAAAGCUGGCGGACGACCACGGCGAACGUACCGCGUUUGCGGUCUCUACGUCCACAUUGACCACCUGCUGUACCGCCAGUUCGCCAAGAUCGACAACGACGCUGUGCGCACGCGCGAGCGCCUUUCGACCCUCAUCGCCGGUCUCACGGCAAGAGCUUCUGACAUCUUCCGGCACACCGACUUCAGCGGUGUCGAGGACGUCAGGUUCAGCGUGCACAAGAUCAAGAUCAACGAUACGACCAGUUGCCCCAGCAGAAAGAACCCAUUCUGCCUGGACAAAAUGGACCCAUCCUUAUUCCUGCUGACGGCGGCCAAGUCCGCCAACUACGACGAGUACUGCCUAGCAUAUACGUGGACAUACCGCGACUUCGAUUCGGGCGUUCUCGGCCUCGCCUACGUGGGAAAUUCGACAACGCACUCUCUGGGCGUCUGCGACAAGAACAGACUGUUACCGGAGGAUCCGACGCAGCCCCAGCUGGGCCUGACGCGCCUAAGCCUGAACACCGGCAUGAUCACGUUUCUAAACUACAACGCCUAUGUGGCCCAGGCGGUCAGCGAGAUCACGUUCUCUCACGAGAUAGGUCACAACUUCGGAUCGCCCCACGACACGCCGGAUGGAAGCCCUUGCGCUCCGGGAAAUAAAAAGAACGGCAACUAUAUCAUGUACUUCAUGGCGAGUUCCGGCCUCGAGCCCAACAACCGCUUGUUUUCCACCUGCAGCAGGGGCAACAUAUCCGAAGUCAUCAAGCCUAUGGUCGAGGGCAAGUCGCCGCGCGAGAAUUGCUUUCAAGAGGAGAGCGGGCCAGUCUGCGGCAACGGAAUCGUCGAGGGUGUUGAGGAAUGCGACUGCGGCUACAGCGAAGCCGAGUGCCAUGAUCCAUGCUGCUACGCGCGCCGUAACAGCGUCAACGCCAAGGGGUGCACGCUUAGGCCCGGCAAACAGUGCAGCCCUACUACUGGGCCCUGUUGCGACAAGGAUUGCAAGCUGGUACCGACGACGACGAUGUGCGCACCCGAGACGGAGUGCCGCGAGAAGGCCAUGUGCAC